AUGUGGCUGAAUCAUGGUGAUUCUAAUACUCAAUUCUUUUUUCAUGCUAUGAAAGAGAGAAUUAUGCAUAAUAGUAUUGAAGUUCUCUAUAAUGUUGUUGGGGAUAAGUUAACUUUUACUCCUGAUAUUGAAGCUGAGGUGCUUAAUUUUUAUCAUAGUCUUCUUGCUUUGUGGGUAAUUGAUGAUGAUAAAGCUCCAGGUAUUGAUGGCUUUAACAACCACUUUUUUAAGAAAGCCUGGCAUGUUGUAAGACAUGAUGUUUGUGUUGUUGUGCUUCAAUUCUUUGAUUCAAGUGUACUAUUGCCUGAAAUUAAUUGUACCCUUGUUACCCUUAUUCCUAAGAGUAUGAUUAGAAGUGUUGUUGAUCUGGCUCAAGCUGGCUUUAUGCCUGGCAGAAAUAUAUCAAAUAACAUAUUGGUUGCUACAGAGCUUAUUAAGAGCUAUAAUACUAAACAUGUCUCUCCAAGAUGCAUGUUGAAGGUUGAUUUUAAAAAAGCUUAUGACUCCAUUGAAUGGUCCUUCCUUAAAACUGUCAUGUGUGAGAUUGGUUUUCCUUCUCAAUUUGUGAAGUGGACUAUGGCCUGUGUUACUUCUGUUUCUUUCUCCAUUCUUAUAAAUGGCAUUCCAUGCAAACCUUUCCCUGCCAAAAAAGAUAGUGCUUCCUUUCAGCAUGUUUUUGAUGCUUUUUCUAAGUUUUCACAAGCUUCUGGUCUGGAAGCAAACUUGGAUAAAAGUCACCUUUACAUUGGAGGGGUUGAGAUGAAUCAAAGAGAUAUUCUUCAAUCUGUUGUGCACAUUCCUCUUGGGAGUUUUCCAUUUAAGUAUUUAGGGGUGCCACUCACAACUAGAAAGCUUUUCUAUAAUGAGUGUAAACCACUGAUUGAAAAGACCAUGACUAGUGUUAGAGUUUGGUUUGUUGAAAAGCUUUCUUAUGCUGCAAGACUAUAG